CAUGCCUUCGAUCUAAAACCCACAUUCAAAACUCAGACGCCCAAGAUAUAUGCCUUGAGCCCUGAGAGGCAUGAUAAACUAGGAAAGUUCAUCAUGGAACACCUUGCAAGGGGAACCAUUCGCUGGUCCAUGUCACCUACAGCUGUCCCAUUUUUCUUCAUAGGAAAGAAAGAUGGAAAACUACGGCCGAUACAGGACUACCACCAUCUGAACUCACACACCAUUCUGAAUGUCUCCCAUUAA